AUGUCAUUAGAUAUCAUUGAAAAGCUGUUGUCGGACCUUCAGAUUGAUGAAACCGCUCCCAAAAUUUUGCACCAAAAAGAAUUAGCGGCGGAAAGAUUGAGAAAGGCCAGAACAAAGCGUGAUGAAGAGAUCAAAGCAUUGAAAGAAGAGCAAGCUUUAAACACCAGAAAAGGAGAAUUGAUUCAGCUACAUUCCUUACUUGUUGAUGAAUGCAGACAAUACGUACAGGGUUUUUUGGAUCAACUGAUGGACUGGACAAAUAUCGAAUUGGCUAUAAGAAUGGAUAAAAAGAGAAAAAGUAGAGUUGCAAUGGUGGUUGACUUGCCUCUACAUCUAAAAGAGAAUAAAAUUCAGCUUCUUUUGGAAGAUCCUGAUGAGGAUGAAAAAGAAGAUAAAGGCAAGGACGAACAACUGUCUGAUGAAAGCUCUGAUUCGGAUCCGGAUUCUGAUUCUGAUACUGAUUCAGAUUCUGAUUCAGAUUCAGAUUCAGAUUCAGAUUCUAACUCCGAUUCCGACUCUGAUUCUAAUUCUAAUUCUGACCUGAAGAAUAAAGUGAUUGGAAAAAGGCAUCGACUGAAUAAACAGGACAACCUGGGAAAACUGGGGUCUGGGCGAAAGGGGGUACCAGUAAAGAUUGACCUUACUCAGAGUUCAUUUGCAAAUGCUAGAAUUUACUUUGAUUCCAAAAAGGCUGCUGAACAACUCCAACUGAAAGUCGAAAAAGGUGCUGAAAUUGCAUACAGGAAUGCGGAAAAGAAGAUCAGUCAGGAUUUUGUAAGGAAUGUUAAGAAGGAACUUGGAUCUACCGAUUCAAGCGCACUGAGGUCUAAAUUAUGGUUCGAAAAAUUCUAUUGGUUUGUUUCAAGUGAAGGCUACCUAUGUUUAGCUGGUAGGGACAAAACUCAAGUUGAUAUGAUCUACUUCAAGUACGUUGGUGAUGAUGAUUACCUCGUCAGCUCAGAAAUUGAAGGAUCACUCAAAGUAUUUAUCAAAAAUCCGAUUAAAGACGAGGCGAUUCCACCAUCAACUAUUCUACAAGCAGGGAUAUUUGCAAUGUCUGCCUCGCAUGCCUGGAGUGGGAAAGUUAAUACUGCUGCUUGGGUGAUGCAAGCCAGUGAUGUAUCAAAAUAUGAUUCUGCAGCUGGUAAUUUACUUCCACCUGGUGAGUUUGAGUACUUUGCGAAAAAGGAUUUAUUACCACCAGCCCAAUUGGUUAUGGGAUUUGGUUUUUAUUGUGAUGUCGACGAAGAAUCUGCAAAAAAACACGCUGCUAUUCGGGUAGAGAGGGAGCAAGAACAUGGGCUUGUCAUGUCGCUUUCAAAUAAGAAAAAAGCUUUGGAAAAGUUGAAAGUCACCAACGUUAAAGAAGGUUUGGCUUCUGGCUCGGAACAAGGAGAAACCGAACGAAACGAAAAACUUGAAAAUCACAAAAAUACUGAAAAUAAUGAAAGUAACGGAAAUGCUAAAAAUCAUGACAAAUCCUUUGGGAAGGAUUCUAAAUCCUCACCAAUGGUGUCGCGUGGAAAACAAAACAAAUUAAAGAAAGCUGCCGCUAAAUAUGCAGAUCAAGAUGAAGAGGAAAAGGCAUUAAGAAUGAAAGUAUUGGGUCUGAAUAAGAGCCUGAAAAGAAAAGAUUCUAAGGAAAAGUCGCUGUCUCUGCCCUCGCCUCAACCUGUAUCACGCUUGUCUGAUCAGGAUGAGUUGGAGAGGAAGCGUAAAUUACAUCAACAGGAUGUUGAAACCUACCUCGUCGAUCCUCAACCAAAGAUUGAUCUAGCAGAUUACUUCAAUGCCAUGGAUCAACUCACUCCUAAACCGUUGAGUAGUGAUACGAUUUUCGACAUGGUUCCUGUGUUUGCUCCGUGGUCCGCACUUCAAAAGUUCAAGUAUAAGGUCAAGAUUCAACCUGGAUUGGCAAAGAAGGGAAAAUGCAUAAACGAGACGGUUAAUUAUUUUACUUCGCGUAAAAUGGAUGCAAACAGGAGAGACCCGGAUUUGGAUUGGCCAGAAGAAAGAGACCUUAUUAACAAAUUGAGACCCAACGAUCUCCAAGGAGUGUUUACUGUUAACAAGAUGAGGUUGAUCUUGCCGCAAAACAAAAAGUAG